AUGCAGGAGGACAAGUGGGAGCACAUAGCCACUGAGCAGGAAACCUGUAUCUGGAACACGAUGGCAGCCUGCAGUGGUUUCUUGUGUGUCUGCAUAACUGUGCUGAAUCUUGUCCUGGAACAAGUGCAAGGCCAAGGGACCCACCGGCUGAAGCUCACGGUGCUCUCAGAAGACAGACUCCAAAUGAAGUGGAAGGAAACUGAAGGGAACACAAAUGGCUACAAAGUACAAGUGAAACCCAUGGCAGGUGAUACAGAGCAGGAAGUGAUGUUGACGACCAAAACACCCAAGGCUACUGUUGGGGGACUGAGCCCCACAAAGGAAUACACCCUCCAGAUCUAUGUGCUCAAUGGCUCUCAGGACACACUGUUUGCUAAAAGAAAGUUUGUGAUUGAGGAUUUAAAAAGCAGCUCCGUGGCUAGGAGUAAUCGGAGGACAGCAGGGGCAACCACAGAACCAAAAAGCUCUCUGGGGGGAAGCCCAGAGUCCGUCCAGAGUCCUGAGCCUGAAGCCACUUCUCCAUCCCCAAGGAGGGACUCCCUGAUUCCAGGCCUAAGUAACUCAGAGAGAGACCGACCAGAGAGGAAACGUCAAAGGGCCCUGGGAGGAAAGUCCACCAGUAAGCCCAGUUCAACAUUAAAUGCCACCAUGGGGACCCCAGCACCACCGAGGCAGAACACUGGGAAACUGGAGCUGGAGAAGCCAGACAGAGACCACCAGGCCCAGGACACUCUGAAGAGAGGUUCCUAUUUUCAGUGCAACUCAUCUGCACCCGUGGAUAUUAUCUUCCUGGUGGAUGGGUCCUGGAGCAUCGGCCGCAGUAACUUCAGGCUGGUCAGAGAAUUUCUAGCCAGCCUCAUUUCUCCUUUCAACAUUGCCCAGGACAAGAUCAGCAUAGGCUUGUCCCAAUACAGUGGAGAGCCCCGUACUGAGUGGAAUCUGAACACAUUCACCAGCAAGGACAAGGUUCUUGAGGCCGUGAGGAAUCUCCGCUACAAAGGCGGCAACACAUUCACUGGUCUGGCAUUAACACAUGUUCUGGAACAAAAUCUGAAGCCGGAAGCAGGUCCCCGACCUGAAGCUGAUAAAAUAGUGAUCCUUCUGACGGAUGGGAAAUCCCAGGAUGAGGCCAAUGCUGCUGCCCAAGUGUUGAAAGACUUGGGCAUCAAUAUCUUUGCCAUCGGUGUCAAGAAUGCUGAUGAGGCUGAGCUGAGGCAGGUAGCCUCUCACCCUUUGGACAUUACUGUGCAUAAUGUCCUGGAUUUUCCCCUCCUCAGCUCCCUGGCUGAUCCACUCAGUAGGAUCUUAUGCAAGAAGAUCAAGGAACGAAGCGAGAGUGGACAAUCAGGUGGUUCAGCUAAUGUGACCUCAUUCAGUGGGGCACUGAGCCCUGGCCCCACCAACUUGAUUAUAUCAGAAGUGACAUCCAAAACGUUCAGGCUCUCCUGGACCCCUCCUCUGCAGCCAGUUGAAAAGUACAGGAUUGUGUAUUAUCCCUCCAUUGAAGGGGUCCCCACAGAGGUCAUCAUGGAUGGGUCUGUUUCUUCCGUCGUGCUGGUCAACUUAACCUCACAUACAGAGUAUCUGGUUUCGGUGUUCCCUGUUUAUGAGAGUUCUGUUGGAGAUGGACUGCGGGGAGUUACUGCCACAUUGCCCCUGUCUCCCCCCAGGUCCCUGAGAGUGACUGAGGUGACUCACCACAGCAUCAAAGUGAGUUGGCAGCCCACAGAUGAAACUAUCGAGUAUCUGGUUCUCUGCGCCUUGACCUCUAAUAAGGAGGAGGAAGAAGAGGAGGAAGAUGGGAAAGAGGUGAAAGUGGAGCAGACGGAGGCCUUGUUGGAAGGCCUGAGACCUGGAACGGAGUACACAAUUUCCGUAUAUGCGCUGGAUGGGGAAGAGGCCAGCGAGCCCCAGAGCAUUCUAGGAACAACCUUGGGUUUGAUUCCUACCCGGUACCUGACAUUCUCUGAGGUCAGCCACAGCUCAGUCAGAGUCCACUGGGAGCGGCCCUCAAGAGCGGUCAGAGUUUACCAGGUGUCCUACAUCUCAAGAGAAGGAAGCAAUGCUGGAGAGGUAGAAGUGCCUGGUAGCACCUUGUCAGCAUGGUUAGCUCCUCUCUCCUCCUCCACUGAGUACAUCAUCAGUGUCACAGCCAUCUAUAGCGACGGGGACUCUUCAGUGCUCACUGACCGUGUGACAACACGAAAGGUCCCAGCUCCUCACCCACUGAGGGUGAUUGAGCUCCCUGGGGACGAUGUCAGACUGGAGUGGGGACAAGCAGCCAUCGCUGAUGUGGUUGUCUAUCAGAUUAAGUGGACUCCUCUGGGAGAGGGAAAAGCUCACGAGAUUUCCGUUCCCGGAAACUUGGAUGCUGCUGUUCUGCCAGGGUUGGAAAAACACAUGGACUAUCAGAUCUCCAUUUUGGCAUAUUACCGAGAUGGAGCCCGGAGUGACACGGUGUCUCUCCGUUUCAGCCCCCUUUCCAGGAGUCCCCCCUCCAAUCUGGUUAUAGAGUCUGAGACCCCCAACAGCCUACAAGUACUCUGGAACCCCCCUGAUGGCCCUGUUCUCUACUACAAAGUUGCAUAUGCCCCAGCUUCUGGCUCCAGCAUGGAGAAAACGGUGAAUGUUUCUGCUACAAACAACCACAUCAAGCUUCCCCUGCUCCUCCCUGCCACCAAAUACAAGGUGAUGGUUUCUGCCAUCUACACGACAGGGGAGAGCGAUGCGGUGGCCACAACUGGACGGACUGGUAAGAAAAUCCACAGGGAAGAAUCUCCAGCUUUGGCCCUGGCUAAGCUCCCCCCUGCUCGUGGCUUUGCUCCCAUUAGGAUGGUUCAGGAUAAAAUCAAAAUUGUGUUCUUGCACUUGGAGUGUGAAGUUCUGUUGAAUCAGCAGGCCCCUCAGCUGCACGAUAAAACGGGAACCAUCCCCAUGUGGAAGACUGGAAGGUUUAAUGUCUGUCCUCAGAAUGGCCCCCAGUGGAUGGCCAUCUUGAAAUAUUCCACAGCUCACUGUGUCUUGCCUUUGCAACCUUGCUUCAGGCCCCCAAUAGCUCAAUUCACCAAACGCUCUGCUGAGCAUUCUGCAGCAGCCUGCCCCGCUCUUCGUGUUGACGGCUCUCUACAAGGGUUUGAUAUGAUGGAGGCUUUUGGGCUUGUGGAGAAGGAGUACUCCUCCAUUAAAGGGGUAUCCAUGGAGCCUUCCAUCUUCAGUGGAACUCGGAUCUACACUCUCUUCAGAGACACACAACUCACCCGCCGAACCAGGGAAAUUCACCCUGCAGCACUUCCUCCUGAACACACUAUUAGCUUCCUUCUCCGGCUCCUUCCUGAAAUGCCCAAGGAGCGUUUUGCUGUGUGGCAGAUCACGGAUGAAGAUUUUCAACCCCUCAUUGGAGUUGUACUUGACGCCAGUAGGAAGUCUCUGACUUACUUCAAUCAUGACCACAAGGCUGAGCUGCAGGAAGUUACCUUUGACCAACAGGAAAUGAAGAAGAUAUUCUUUGGGAGCUUUCAUAAGGUACAUGUGGCUGUGAACCGGGUCAGAGUCAAGCUCUUUGUAGAUUGCAAGAAAAUCGCUGAGAAGCAGAUCAGUGAGGCAGGAAGUGUCUCCACAGCUGGCUUUAUCAUGCUGGGGAAGCUGACCAAGACCAGAGGCCCAAGGAGCGGAUCUGCAGCGUUUCAGCUCCAGUCUUUACAGAUUGUGUGCAGUCCUGUGUGGGCAGAAGAAGACCGAUGUUGUGAUGUUCCCGCAUUGAGAGAUAAAGAAACCUGCCCUGCUCCCAUUCCUGUCUGCACCUGCUCUUCUGAUUCCCCAGGGCCUCCAGGAUCUCCAGGCCCUCCUGGCAGUCCAGGGAGGAGAGGAGCUCAAGGGGAACAGGGAACACCAGGACUCAAAGGGGAGCCAGGCCCACCCGGACAGACUGGGCCAGAGGGCCCUGGAGGGCAGCAAGGGUCACCGGGAUCCCAGGGCAGGACUGUACAGGGACCUGUGGGACCACCAGGGAUCAAGGGUGAAAAGGGUGAAGAUGGCCACCCAGGGUUGCAGGGUCAUCCCGGUCAUCGAGGGCCUCCAGGGAGAGAUGGCCUUCAAGGUCCCAAGGGCAUGAGGGGUUUGGAAGGCACAGCUGGGCUCCCUGGCCCACCCGGCCCCAGGGGUUUUCAGGGGCUGGCCGGUGCUCCAGGCACUAAUGGACAGAAGGGACCCCCUGGUGACGUUGGCCCAACUGGACUGCCUGGGCCCAAAGGAGAAAGAGGAGAGAAGGGUGAACCUCAGUCCAUUGCCACUAUUUACCAGCUAGUCAGCCAAGCCUGUGAACAGAUGAUUCAAACUCACGUACUGAAAUUUGACUCAUUCCUCCAUGAAAACACCAGACCACCAGUGCCCAUUUGGAAGAAGAAAAUGAGACCUGGAGAACCCGGACCCCCUGGCCUCCCAGGGAACCCUGGCAGGAUGGGGGACAGUGGAGAAGAUGGUGUCCCUGGAGAGGCAGGACGAGAUGGGUACCCGGGAGAAAGAGGAGGACCUGGAGUUCCCAUUCUAACUGGGGAACUUCAAGCCAAAGGGGGCUUGGAAGAGAAAUGA